AUGUCCAGCACGGUGCUGACUGGGAGUGAGGGUGAGAUCAACUCCCCCAGCCUCCAGAUGGGCUCAGACAUCAAGACUGACGACAUCACGUGCAACGAGAGGGAUUCGGUGGUCUUUGAGGAUUUGGCUGUGAACUUCACCCAGGAAGAGUGGGAUUUGCUGCAUCCUUCUCAGAAGAACCUCUAUAAGGAUGUGAUGGUGGAAACCUUCCAGAACUUGGCAUCAGUAGAGGACUUGUGA